AUGCAAUCCAAACCCACCCAACUUCCGGAGAGAGAAAAAAGAAAGAAUGAUCCAGAUGAUCCAGAUCAUGAUCCUUUGCCUUGCAUAGCAAAUCCAAGAGACAAGAGUAAGGUGCUAUCUAGACCCGAACUUCAGGAAACUUGCAUGAUCCAGAUCUACUGGUGGAUCUUGGCGGAUCGAAUGAUCCAGAAGACCCAGAUUAAGACUGAGAAUGAUAUAGAAGAGUCAGAUCAAGAAGGAAAUUUUGAUCCGCGCUUUCCUGAAUCGCAAGAACACGAUGCCAUCGAGCCUCAAUCAGGAUCCGAGCGUCCGGCAUUCGGAUCGGAUUGGAUCGCCAGCGUGCUGAAGCAACUCACCCGAGGUCUCGAGAAUACUUUGGGAAUUGGUUGA